AUUCAUCAGGACACCAACCGCCACACUCUUGCUGUUUCACGGUUACACCUAUGCAAAGAGGUGUUCGUCAAAGACCGGCGAAAGGUGGAACUGCACAAAACGCAUUUCGAAGCAGUGCAAGUCGUACGUGAGUUUAAAUUUGAAUAAAAUGAUCGUCAAUUUCGAAAAAGAUCAUAAUCAUGAACCACCACAAUACACUUGCGACCGUAAUGGGAUUUUUAUAAGAUUGAAUUAAAAUAGCCGUAAUUUCAAGACACCAUGCCGCUGAAAAGAAGGGUUUUCAUCUAUAAAAAGGGAGAUGUCACAAAAGCUAUAAAAGAAAUAAGCAAUGGUGGUAAAGUGAGAGAAACAUGUCGAAAGUAUAAUAUUCCCCGUGCAAGAGUUAUUAAUACAUUGAAACAUAAGUACUCAUGGGAUAGAAAAAUGGAACCGCCUACUAUAUUGACCACACAAGAAGAAUCCACGCUUAAAUCCUGGAUAAUAGCGAUGGCAAAUAAAUGGUUUCCAGUCAAUAGAGAAAUGAUCCUUGACACUGUUAAAGAUAUUAUAAUUGAACAGAAACUGCCAAAUCCAUUCAAAGAUAAUGUACCUAGUAAAAAAUGGUUUGCAAGUUUUUUGAAAAGACACCCAGAUGUAUUUGCACGCCUUGUGGAAUAUAGAAAUAUUUCGAAAAGUCCAGUAACAGUAAGUGCUUUGAGAAUGUGGUACAAAAAUUUGAAAGAUUAUCUAAUCACUGAAGGCGUCGCCGAUAUUUUAGAAGAUCCGGAAAGAAUCUUUGGUGCAGAUGAAUGCUCAUUUCAAACAGGCUCUACUGGCUUAGUGCACGGUCCUCAAGGGUUAAACUAUGAUGAGACAAGCAACAAAGAUAAAGAAUCCCUAACUGUUGUUGGAACUAUUGCAGCAUCUGGGAGUAUAUUGCCACCUUUAAUUGUAUAUCCAUCAAGACUACCACCUCAGGUCUUUAGACUAGUCAAUGGAGAGUGGUGCGUCCGUCAGUCCGAUAAAGGAAAUCUGACAUCAAAAUGUGUCUUUGAUUACAUAGCAGAUACCCUUGUUCCAAAACUGAAAGUUCAGUAUAUUCAAACGCACGUCGGCUCGAAGCUGCUCAUGGUGAAUAACUACUCGUACUGCCGAAAGCACACGUCGAAGACCCGAGAGAAGUGGCAGUGCACCAAAAGGAAGUCCAAGGAAUGCCAGGCUUACGUCAUGUUGGACCUGGUCAAUUCGGGCAUGACGCUAAAUGGGCAGCACAACCACGAACCAACCCAGUACCACCGCAACAGUCAAGGGUUGUACAUUAAGAUUGGUUGAAUCUUGGAUGUCAUGGAUGAAUCCAACAGGAAGAACAGAAAGUACUCUGAGUUCGUUCUCAAAACUGCCGUUGAAAAUGUUUUGAAUUCAACAAUGACAGUCUACAGAGCUUCUAAGUUGUAUAAGAUUCCAUGGUCGACGUUGAAAGACCAUGUCACGAAGUACAAAACUCUACGAGAGAGCAAUCCAGAUGUACAGAUCGUAAUCCCCAAGAUGGGAAGGCCGUUUGCGUUACCUAUUGAAAUAGAACAGAAGUUACUGGCCUACAUUAAUGAGAUGCAAGAACUUGGUUUUGAUCUUUCAGUAACCAAAGUAAAGGAAAUUGCGUUGUCUUUAGCAAAAGCUGCGAAUAUUAGUUGCACAUUCAAUGACAAAAAGGGUUCUGCAGGUCGGAAAUGGUGGGCGAAGUUUAAAGAACGAUACGGGUUGUCUAUGCAAACAUCGGAAAAACUUUCAGAAGGUACGAUUUGCUCAAACCCGGUUGUUUUGGAAGAUUUUUACCAAAAAUUAGAAGAACAAUUAAUCGAACAUGACAUUCCACCUGAACGAAUAUGGAACUGCGAUGAAACUGGUCUCAUGUUUGUCAACAAACCCAACAAAAUUGUGACAAGUGUUGGGAAAAAAUAUGUUUAUAACAGAACAAACGCAGAAAAAGGUACGACAACAGCAUUAUUGGCAUGCAUAAAUGCGACAGGAUGUUAUGUUCCUCCAUUUAUUAUAUUUGAAGGUGAAAGAGUCAUGCCUCGACUGACAGAAGGAUUUAUGCCAAACACCCAAGUACGAUUUUCUCCAAAAGGGUGGAUUACGGGUGAACUAUUCCUAGAUUGGUUAACAUUAUUUGUUCGGUGUAUCCCUCCAGCAAGACCUGUUCUAUUGAUAAUGGACUCGAACGCCAGUCACGUUUUGCCACCUGUACUGGAGUACGCUCGAUCACAAAAUAUAAUAUUAUUUACAAUACCUUCGCACACCAGCGCAAUUCUCCAACCACUAGAUGUCGGUGUUCAUCAACCAUUGAAAGUAGCCUGGAGGACGACAAUCGAAGCUUACAAAAUGAAAAAUCCAUGCGACACCCCAACCCGCUAUGAUUUUCAUAAAUUUUUUACUCUUGCGUUUGAAAAAAGCUUCACCCCAUCAAACAUACGAGCUGGGUUCGAAAAAACGGGUAUCUGUCCAUUGAACAGGACAGCUGUGAAUCCACUGGCAUUUGCUCUAUCAAAGCUUACAGACGAACCGUUUCCGGAAUCUAUAGAAGAGGUCACAGUUCAUGAAGAUUUCAUUGAUUAAUUAAUUUAUAUGGAUAGUGAUGGGCUUGGCCAAAAUAAACAAGUUUGAGUUGGUAAAAAUGCUGAUUUAUUUAGCAUAAUAAAACAACAGGCUACAAAGCGCCGAACGACCAUCAAAACCAGGGAGAAAGAGGAAAUACAAAAUUUUCAUUGACAAAUAACAUUAGCUGUCAAGCUUUUGAAGUUCACAAAUCAAUUCGUGUUUACAUUUCACUCAGACAACAUUUCUAAUAUUUAUAGUGUGACCCUGCAUAAAGUAAAACCCCGGAAGGGGAUAAAACUACAUCAUAAAAUUAUCGACAAAAAACUUUGAUGUUUUAUUACAAAAAUAGUUACAAUUUUUUAUUGAUAUAAUCGAAUUCAUUAGAUUUGUCUCAGGUUUAUAGAAUAUGUAUUAUGAGUAAUCUCACCCUGUAUAAAUAAGUAGGUACUAAGGCUAAUAGGUAAAAAUCAUGUCGCUGCAGUAACGUUUUCAA